GGGCGCAGUUCCGCCUUCCUCUCGGAGCUCCAGACCUUCCAUCGCUUUGCUCCAGCAGCGGACUGACCAGGCCCCUCACAGCUGCUACACGGUGGCCCUGAGCCGGGCUGAUUUCCGCCGCAGACCCGGCAGGUGUGACAGCUGCUGGUUGACCGGAGACCGGCAGACCCCAUAACCCCCCCUGGAUACCGGAUUAACGGACUACUCUGCGGACGAAACCCCGGGCUGUAAUGAAACCAUAAACAGAGUGCGACACGCAUGCAUCCACGCAUAAACACAUGAUAAACGGGCUCCUGCUGCGUGAUUUCUGCGUUUGGGCUCCGUGCGGGGCUCCAGGGCAGCGUUCGGGGUCCUGCGGCUCUAUAUGCGGAUUACCGGGAGGGGAAGCGGACGCGGUGCUGUCAGACGAGGAAGUGAAGCAUCAACACGCCCUUCGGAGCCCGCUGAAGCAGCCCAGACCCGCUCAUCUGAUAACACUUUAUCAACAUGCGCGCGCGCUCGGAUGGACCACACCUGGAGUAAACACCUGGACCACGACAUCUGCAGCAGCUUGUUUCAGACCUGAAUGAUGGACAAGGAGCUGCUCCGGCAGAACCAAUCUGAACAGACCUCCAAUGGCUCCGCCCCCUCAACACCUACAACCCCCACUCCCCCGAGACUCAUCCCCAACCCCAUGCUUCUGGACUCACCCGCUCCCACACCAACACCCACCACGUCCUCCCCUCCCCCUCCUCUCACCCCCGCUCCCUCCGUCUCUGCUAGCCAUGGUCCAAAGGCGGCUGUGGGCGGGGCUUUGUCUCCUCACAUCCUGGUUCCAGCUCCACCUAAACCUCCCACCCUGCGAACCUACUCCCGCCCCAUCCUCCCCUCCAACACUCCCAAAGCCCCCCCACAUCCCUCCUCCUCAAUAACAGCUCCACCCCCCUCUUCCACCUCUUCCUCUUCCCACACCUCCACCAGCCUCACCAACGGGAGCACCCGAGCCGGGUCCACCCCCACACCCAUCACAACCUUCCACAACCCUGCCAGCCCACCUGGCAGACAGGUGUCAUCGGCACAUCCUGUGGGUACACCUGGUCAUGUGAGAGCCAAUCAGAGCCCCUCACCUGUCAGACUCCUGGGAAAAGGUCUCAAAGGGUCUGGCCAAGACCAGGUGCUGCUUAGAGCUCAGAUGCUGAUCCUUACGUCUGCUAUGAGACCUGCACGCUCCUCCUCUUCCUCCUCUUCCUCUAACACCGCCUCCGCCCAGCUCCAGAGUCUCACCCUAAGGCCUCCUCCCCCCGGGACUCUCACUAUCCCCCCCUCCCUCAGGCUCAAGCCCCCCUCCUCGGUGCCGCUUCUCUCUCGCCCCAACACCCCUACCUUCCCUCCUCUCAGGCCGCGACCUCAGCCCAGCACCACGGCGACAGAGAGUCCGGCCACGCCCAGCCGCCACCUCCCCGUGCCCCCUCCAUCGCUCUACUCCCCGGUUCGGGCUGUCCCUCUCAGACCGAGGCUCCACCCACCAAACAGCCACAGAGCAGCGUCUCCUCGCCAGUCUUCCCCCCUCCACCCCGUCUCCGCAGCGCCCUCGUCCCUCAGCAGGACUCGGCCCGGGAUAAAGAGCUGUCCGUUGACUCAGACCCUGCUGGGUCCAGGUCCGUCCCAGCGUGUCCCGUUAUCGUCCUCCAGUCCGUUUGAGCGUUCUGCGGCGAGGCAGCUUCAGAUCAUCGCCCUGUCGUCAGGUCGGCAGCCCCACCCCGGCCACGCCGCGCUGGAGCCGCCCGAGCUGUCCGGCCAAUCAAAGAGGAGCGAAAUCUUACUUCCUCUUCCUCAGACCUCCUCCUCCUUAACUCCGGGUCCGACCUCUCCUUUGAGUCAAACCCUGACCCAAAAAGUAGAGCUGAAGGACAGAACCGAGCCGGGUGAGAAGAUCAGAGGAAUCAAAUCCGGAGUCCGAGAUGAGUGGAACGCCACGAAAGACGUCCAGGUGGAGAAGGAAGUUCAGCAGGACCAGGUGAAGGAGGAGGAGGAGCCUGAAACGGGCCGAGAGGAAGAGUCGAUGGAUGUGACAGAGGAAGGAGAGAAGGAUGGAGAGAGCAGAGAGAAGAAGGAGGAGGAGGAGGAGGGGGGAGGAGAGAUUCCAAUGGAGCAGUCUGAGAACCCGGUUCUGCUCCAGCAUCAGAACACGGGCCCCGUCCCGGUUCCUGAUACCGUUAAAGACUCCAGCCUGGGCCUCACUUCAGCACCAGUUCAGAAGCCAUUACCUGGGCCUAGGCCUGGACCAGGACCUGCACCAGGACCUGGACCUGGACCUGGACCUGGACCGAUUCAGACUUCUGGGCAAGGACUUAAGACACCAGAAUCCACUCAGACUCCAGGACCAGCUCAGAGACUUGGACCUGUUCAGAAGCCAGGACCUGGACCAGGAUCGGUUCUGCCUCCUGGACCAAAGCUGGUACAGACACCAAGACCAGUUCACAGACUUUUACCAGGACCUGUUCAGAAGCCAGAACCUGGACUUGGACCUGGACCAGGAUCCGUUCCACCUCCUGGACCUGGACUGGUUCAGACCCCAGAAUCAGUCUCGGUACCAGAAGUUCUGGUCCAGAAGCUCCAAGAGCCUCAGAGAGACCUGCAGCCCAUCAGUCAGGAGGACCUCUGUGAGAACAUGUCCACCCAGUCUGACAAUCAGUCAGCCUUGUCCAGCCUCUCCUCCCAGUCUCCCCCCUCCUCCCCUUUCAUCGCCUCCUCCACCCCCUCAUCAGAACAUCCUCCUCCCCUCCUCCCGGCUCACCCCGCCCCCCUUGCCCACCUCAGCCCACCGCCGGAGGAGGAGCAGAAAGUUGACAAAACGCCGUCUGAGUCUCAGCCUGACGCCGAACCUCUCUGCCAAUCAGAGGACGAGACCGAGAGCCUUGGCCAAUCGAUGAGCGGCCCCUGGGAGAUGAAAGCGUGGCCUGAAGGACGACAGGUUCUGACUCACCUGGUGGAGGGAUUCAUCAUCCAGGAGGGGCUGGAACCAUUUCCUCAGGCGGUCGGACCGUGUCCACUCACCUGUCCUGUCGUCCAGGUGAACCGCUCGUCCCUGCUGGUCCCAGAUCAGGUGACCAAACCCCAGGAAGUGAACAGGACCAACGGGAGAGUAGAGCUGCCGGUGACGGAGACGGUCAAACCAGCGGAACAAUCCACGGAUUCGGAUGAAGAUGGAGGCGGGGCGAACAAAACCAGAACCAGAUCGGGUCACAAGGACCGAGCGGUGCUGCACUGCCAGUUCUGUGGGAAACGAGGCCACGCCCACAACUUCAUGCGGUCCAAACGCUUCUGCUCCACUUCCUGUGCACGAGGGUUUAACGUCCGGCUGACGAAGCGUCUGAGGGCUCUGAGCGCCGGCAGCCGGUCGGAGCGACCUCGACCCGCUCUGAACCGGGCCGAGUCGGUACCAGGGAAGCCUCUGCUGCUGCGUCUGCCUCGGGAUCUGUGGAGCGCUGGUCGCCGGGAGAAGGAAGGAAAGGAGAAGGCCCCAGCGCCAGCAGUGGAGCAGGGGGAGGAGGAGGAGGAGCUGAGGGGAGGGGGGGAGGAGGAGGAAGAAGAUGCAGAACAAGAGGAUCCUGCCGUUGCCAUGGCAGCUAGAACAGAGCGACAGGCCGCUCGCAGAGUGAGGAGGGCUUCCGCGCCUGCCGUCACCACCUCCACUCCCACCACCACUUUCAGACCCGCCCCCUCUCAGUGGAGCGUGGAGGAGGUGGCGUCCUUCAUCCACACACUGCCAGGCUGCAGUGAUGUCGCCGAGGCGUUCCGCCUGCAGGAGAUCGACGGUCAGGCGCUGCUGCUGCUGACCGAGGACCACCUGAUGACCAGCAUGAACAUUAAACUGGGGCCUGCUCUGAAGAUCUGCGCUCACAUCAACGCGCUGAAGAACCAGUGAGGGGAACCGUCCAUGUGGGGCUGAAGCUGACACCAAGGAUGACAGAAAAAAGUCACAAAAAGAGGAAAAGUUCAUAUUAAGUUAUCAUUUACGUGGUUGUGCUGGAGGAGUGGCCUUAGCGGACAGAAAGAGAGAAUUCAGGAGGAGCCGAGGGUCGUUUUUGUAUCUUUGUGAAUAUUUUACAUGCCACUGGGGAGUGUACAUUUCAACUAUUUCAUGAAGGAUUUUGAACAUUUAAUAUAUGAAAAUUUUAGUUUUUUUAGGCCGUGCCGUUGAGACAGCGCUAUCGUCGUGGAGACGUCCGUGUGUGAAAGCGACGUAGUUUAAUGUUUUUUAUGGAUUUGCUCAGACAGAGGUCACAGCUGUAGAUGAAGUCACUUCAGGGUAGAAAUGGUGUCACGUUUUUAUGCUUGAAAUUAUUUAAUAAAUGAAUAAUUAAUCCAA